AUGGCCGACGAAUUGAAUACCAAGGCUCUAUUCAAAACUCAUUUUGUGGCAUGGCGUAUUUUGGGCAUGUUACCCCCUACCAAAUAUCGUCCGCUGUAUUGGAUGUAUUCGGUGUUCCUUAAUCUGGCCGUUACAAUUGGUUAUCCUCUGCAUUUGAUAGUGGGUCUGUUCACCACAACCACUGCCUAUGAAGUUGUUCAAAAUAUUGCCAUUAACUUGACCUGUGCAUUUUGUGCCAUGAAAACCAUUGCCAUCUGGUGGCGUUUCAAUAAACUCGAUAUUAUGUUCGAAAUUAUUCAGCGACAAGAUGAACGUGUUAUUAGUGAAGAAGGAGUAGCAUAUGUUCGAAAUGUGGUGCAUCCGCCAGUUAGAAGGAUCAUAUUGGCAUUUACUAUUUUAUGUUCCGUCAUUGCGGCUUCGGGUGAAUCUUCUGUGUUGUUUAAUGGUCUCUUGGGAAACUGGACCUUAAUGCACAAGGGCUAUUUUCCAUUUGAUAUUUCGAACAACACCAGGAACUAUGCAAUUGCCCAUUUGUACCAAAUCAUAGGUCUGUCCUAUAUGAUUCUACAGAAUGUGGUCAACGAUACUUUUGCGGCAUCCCAUAUGUGCCUCCUACGGGGUCAGGUGCAAAUGUUGAAUGUGCGCAUUGCGAAAAUUGGUCACGACCCCAAGAAGAGCAGAGAGCAAAACAAUCAGGAAUUUUUGGAAUGCAUUAAAAUACACAAGGAUCUGCUGGAAUAUCGCCGCCAAUUGGAAGAAAUCAUAUCCGUCUACAUGUUCUUUCAGAUUUUAGUGGCCGCCUUUAAUAUGUGCAUCAUUUUGGUCUUCAUCAUACUCUUCGUCAAGGAUGUCUUCACCCUGAUCUACUAUAUCUUGUAUUUUAGUGCCAUAGUAUUUGAAAUACUUCCCAGUUGCUAUUAUGGCACCCUGUUGGAAGAUGAAUUUCAAGAUUUCGCCUAUGCUCUGUUCUCCUGCAAUUGGCCCGAUCAAGAUGUGGGUUUCAAGAAGAAUCUUCGUAUAGUUGCCGAAUUUGCUUCGCGUCGCAUUUAUGUUACAGCAUGGUUGUUUCGUGUGAAUAACAAUGCUUUUAUCAUAGCUGUUAAAAAUGCUUAUGCUCUUUUCGCCCUUGUCAUGAAGGUCAAGUAA